AUGCCACCAACAUGCUCGUCCACCGUGGGGUGCUUGUCCACCGUCGCGCCGUCCUCGAGCUCACCCUCUCCACUCCUCGAGAUCCAUGUACACGACCUCACUUUGAAAGCAACUGCGUCUGCGCUGGUCUUCGCACUUGGCCAGCCUGGCUCGAAUAUUCCUGCACGCAAAUUCCCGAAUGGAGUCCAACAAGGCACAUCCUGCAUCCUAAGCGUGGCCCCUGAAAGCAAAUUUGCCUCGUCCCCCACGGUGCCGCUGGUCCUGACUCCGAAAACCCCGGUUGGGAAUGUCUCCCAGAAGAGAGAGCAAUCGAUUACACUACUGGUACAACUGAAACCGCAAGGCUUCCUGGUAGGCGUUUUCAAAUACUACCAGACUAGCACUUGGCAGCGUGUCGAGGCCAUCUCCGGUAACGCUCCGUUUCCGUACUACGCUCUUCAGACCCGUCCUUCGCCUUCUGGUUCGAAGAUUCACGUUCUGCUCUUCUCCACCGUCGAUCCGGAGACAUGGAUGUCGAAACUUCCAUCGUCCGCACCCUUGUCUUCAUUCUGUAUUCCGGGUACGCAUGAGUCUCUUGCGCGGUACGGGUACCCCAUCUCGACCUGCCAAAACGUUGCGUCAACUGUCGCCGCGCAGCUGGCUGCUGGAAUUCGCUUCCUUGAUGUCCGUGUCAAUGCCAAAGGGAAAGGAUACCCCUCGCAGCAAAAACUACUCGCCUAUCAUGGCGUCACGGACGAGCGCAUCGAGUUCGGGCAAGUGCUGGCGCAGUGCUGGGACUUCCUGGACGGUGUCGGAAAGAGCGAGACGGUCAUCAUCAGCAUGAAACCAGAGGCGGACGCGGCGACGAUGCAAGCAUGCUUCGAACAGGUCUAUCUCAACCCAACCAAGUCACGAUGGUUCCUCGAACCUCGAGUGCCAACGCUGGGUGAGGCACGCGGGAAGCUAAUCCUCAUGAGCCGGUACGGUAGCAGCAGCGACCAACCUGGCGGGAUCCAUCCCUCCAUCUGGCCAAACAGCGAGAAAGACAUAUUCUCUUACAUUAUUCCCUCCGGUCAGAAGGUAGAAACGCAAGACUGGUACAACGUCGGGACCCUAGGAUCGUUAGGCGAUAAAUUCCAGCUGAUGCAGAAGCUGCUCAGUUCUUCCGGCUCGGAUCCGAACACGCUGUCCAUCAACUUCGCAAACGGGUCAUCCUUUCCCUUGGCACUCCCUCCUUCCGUCGCCAUGGGCGCGCUCGGCUACACGGGGAUGAACAAGCGCAUCCUCGAUUACGUGGCGAACCAACUGUUACAAGCCAGCAGGACGAGCCCUCUGGCAGCUUUAGGCGAGAAGGGCGCGGUCGCGCCCCUCCCGUGGAAUGGGGCGACCAACCCACUGAAAUGCAUCUUUAACCUCGACUAUUAUGAAACCACACCUGAUCUCGUCCCGUUGCUCAUCCAGGCAAACUUUCAGCAGAAUCCAUAG